AUGUGUCCGGAGCUUCUAGGGGAUCUCGUAGGAGCAAAGGCGGUGGAAAGCCAGCGCGCCAGCCUGUGGGCCUCGCAGACCGCCGACCGCCAACGCGCGCCUUGUGCGGCCAUGAGCGCGGCAGCUAGAGCCAACUCAACCGUCGCCUCGCACACGUCACACGGCUCCAUAUUCCCGCGGCCCUUCCACCUCCCGCAACCCCCGCUGAUCGCGCCGCCGCACAUCUCGGCGCAGCACUUCCUCUAUCUCCAACAGCAGCAGCGCCGCCUGCAGCUCGUGCAAUCCCUGCCCAUCCCGCAACCCCUCCUCCACCAAUCCUCCGUCUCCGCCGGCUCUGCGGCCGCCGCCGUUCCUCCCGCGGUCUCCGAAGCGCGGCUGCCGGCGCCGGCGUACGACUAUGCGACGCACGGCGCGGUGAUGACGCCGGAGCAGGUGGAGUCGCUGCGGCGGCAGAUCUCGGUGUACAGCACCAUCUGCCAGCAGCUCGUCGCCAUGCACCAGGCGCUCACCGCGCAGCACGCGCACUUCACCGCAGCGGCGGUGGCAGCGGGGGUGCUGGGCCACCUCCCCUUUCCCUACGACCACUACGGCGUCGGUUCCGCCGCCAUCGCCGCUCACCCCAAGACGCGCCAGCGCUGGACGCCGCAACCGGCGCAGCUGCAGAUUCUCGAGAAGUACUUUUCGCUCUCCACGGGCACGCCGAAUAAGGCGCGCAUUCGCGAGAUAACGGCAGAGCUGCAGCAGCACGGGCCUAUUUCGGAGACGAACGUUUACAACUGGUUUCAAAACCGCAAGGCGCGGGCGAAGCGGAAGAACUCGAAUCUCGCGAAUGGGGGGAGUGGCGGAGGGGAGAAAGACGCGGGCGCAGGGGAGGUCGCGGGGGCUGUUGCUGCGCAUGGCGUGGGGGGGAAGGGGAGCGCGGGGACGGGUUGGGGGAGCCAGGGGGAGAAGCGGCACAAGGGCGACUCGUCGGAGAGGAUUAAGGAUGUGAUUGGAGAGGGGGAAAUGGGACUUGUGCGCAGCGGCAGUGUGGCGAGUUCAGGCGGAGGUGACGUCAGCAGGGACCCCGACGGGAGGGCAGGAAACGAGGCGGGUGAGGGCAGCCCCGGGGGAGUCAGCGCCGCGGGGGGGAGCACUGGUGGGACGGGAGGGCCUUUUGCUAGCGCCGGGGAAGGCGGGGGCAACCACACCGCGGAGGGGCAGGAGCGGGGCGCAGGGUCGGGGGGGGAAGGCGCGGUGAGUAUGGCCGAGGCAGCAGCUGGCGCGGGUGGCGCUGCGGAGGGGCUGUUACUGGAGGCUCAGCACGUGGCGGUUGCCAUGGGGGGUGGCGCCAUGGCCGCAGGCGACGGCGGGACUGCAGCAGCGCCUGUAGCGGAAGGGAGCUUGCCACAGUACGGUGGAGAGGGGUGCGGAGCGGCAGGGUAUGAGUCGGUUCAGAUGGAGACAGGCUUGUUGGGGGAUGCGAUGGCAGGCAUGCAGACUAGCGCUGCUGCUGCCGCUGCUGCUGCCGCCGCCGCCGCCUCCUCCACUGCUGUUGUUGCUGAGGGUGGUUUAGGGUCGGGUGAUGGUGAGAAUGGUGGGGCCAUGGAAGUGGGCGACAGUGCGAACCAGGGUGGCUGGCAGGCAGCAGGGGAAGGUGUGCUGCAGCAGGUGGGCGCGCACGUCCCCACGCAGCAGCAGCAGCGCCUCGAUGCGCCUGGAGAGGCGGCUUCCGCAGCCCACGUGGACGCACAUGUGCGCAUGGACGCUUGUGGGGCGAUGGAGAUGCAGCAUGCGCGAAAUGGGGAUGGCGCGCACCUGGGCGGCAGCGGGGGGUUGACUGGCGCGCAUGCGCACAUGGAGGGGGAGGCGCAGAGUCACAUGCGCGCGCACAGCAGCGAGCACGUGCGCGCGUGGGGCGCGCAUGGCGCUGGGGAGGCGCGUGAGUCGGGGGGGCAUGGCCUGGGAGGGCACGCUCUGGUGGAGGCGCAGGGGGGCUUGGGGGAACACUGCAUGGAAGGGCGGAGUGCGGAGCAGGAAGGGGUGUCAAGAAUAGCAGGCGAUCACGGGCAGCCAGCGAGCCUGGCAGCCGCGCCAGCACCUGAAAAUACACCUGGGGAAGCACCUGGGCAAGGCGACGUUAACGGGGGGUGUCACACUUUGGUGCAGGAGUCGCUAAGACCACCGGGUGACGUGAGUGGGGGUUUGCAGCACGAGAGUGAGGCAGGGAUUGGGGAGCAGAGGGAGGUUGGGGCGUUGCAGUGUGGGCAGGCACAAGUGGCGGUCCAGGAGGGGGGGCAAGAGGAGAGUAUGGCUGGGCAGCAGGAGGUGGAGCAGCGUGUGCAGCAGGAGCAGCAGCAGGCCAUGGAGCACGGCAGUGCCUUGGCUCCUCCGCUUGCCUGCACGCUUGCUGCUGUGCACACAGCAGAGAGCAGCGUGCAUGAACAGGGCGACGUGCAGCAGCAGCAGUUGGCUGUCUCGCCGUCACAAGUGAUGGCACCCCAGCAGCAGCAGGGCGAGGAGGGUGGGCAGUUGGAAGGGUUGGAGGCCGGUGUUGUGGUGACAGGGCAGGCAGGGCAAGGCGGGCAAGAGGGGCUCAGCCCGAGUGUUGCUGGGACGGCUGCUGGUAGUGCUGGCAGUGCGGGCAGUGGCAGUGCUGGUGCUGGCGUACUGGAUGGUGGUGGUGGUGGUGGUGCUGCUGCUGCUGCUGCUGCUGCUGCUGCUGCUGCUGCUGCUGCUGCUGCUGCUGCUGCUGCUGCUGCUGCUGCUGAUGCUGAUGCAAGUGAUGUUGGUGGUGGCACUGCUGUAGCUGCGGUUGGUGGUGGUGGUGGCGAGGCAGUGUUGGAUGGUGGUGAGAGUGCGGGUGCUGCGCUGGGUUUCAGUGGAGUGGGUGCAGUGGGCAUGGGCAGUGAGGUGGGGGCGGAGGCGCAGGAGCAGCAGCACAUGCUGAUUGACCAAGCCAUGUUCCACCCGCCUCCUCGUAAGUCUCCACUGAAUUUCACCAUGCACUUGCACGCAUCCAUGAAAACCAACCCUCCUCAUGCAUCCAUCACCUCAUGCACACUUGAGCAACAUAAUAUUUAUAAGCCUUCUUCUCCUCACCUCUCGCCCUCUUCCAUUUGUGUCGCUGCAGCCCCACCGGAGGCGACGAGUGCCAUGCAGGUGAUGAUCAACGGCAAGCCAUGGGACGUGCCCAUUGGGCUGCUGGACGUGCGCAACAGCUUUGGGGAAGGCGCUGUGAUAUUUGAUGCACAGGGAUGUGCCGUGCCAACCAACGAGAUGGGCAUCACGUUGGAGCCUUUGCAGGAAGGCAGCAGCUACACCGUCCAGGGGUGA